UUACACGUUCCCAGGAGAUCGGAGAGCCGCUACAAUGACUGCCCGGGUCCUUGUUGGAGUUAAGAGAGUAAUUGAUUACGCCGUCAAGAUCCGAGUCAAGCCUGAUAACACUGGCGUGGUCACGGAUGGCGUGAAGCACUCCAUGAAUCCUUUCUGUGAGAUUGCUGUGGAGGAGGCUGUCAGGCUCAAAGAGAAGAAGCUUGUUCAGGAGGUGGUCGCUGUCAGCUGUGGGCCUCAGCAGGUGCAGGAGACCAUUCGCACUGCGCUGGCAAUGGGUGCAGACCGUGGUAUUCAUGUGGAAGUGUCUGGAAAGGAUUACGACUCCCUCGGACCACUGCAGGUGUCCAAGAUUCUUGCAGCUCUUGCAAAGAAGGAGGAAGCAUCUCUGAUCAUCCUUGGAAAACAGGCUAUUGACGAUGAUUGUAAUCAGACUGGUCAGAUGACCGCAGCUCUGCUGGACUGGCCCCAGGGGACCUUUGCCUCAGAGCUGGUAAUUGAGGGAGACAAAGUGAAGGUGGUCAGAGAGAUCGACGGUGGACUGGAAACCAUCAAGCUUAACAUGCCAGUGGUGGUGACAGCCGACCUACGCCUCAACACGCCCAGAUAUGCCACGCUGCCUAACAUCAUGAAAGCCAAAAAAAAGAAGAUUGCUAACAUGAAGCCCGGAGACUUGGGCGUGGACAUGACCUCUCGGGUGGAGGUCCUGCGGGUGGAUGAGCCUCCACAGAGGCAGGCUGGGGUCAAAGUGGAAUCAGUGGAGGAUCUGGUCAGUAAGCUGAAAGAGGCAGGGAGGAUAUAGAGGCAGUGAGGGUAGCAGCAGCAGCAGCAGCAGUGCCCACACACCCCUGCUGGGGUGAGAGAAGAGGAAUACAGACCAACUGAAGAACUUGGCUCAGUUUAGGGGCUGUGUUGUUGUAGCUGUUUUCCUUCUAUUACAGUGGUAUAUACAUAAAAAUCACAUUAUCCUUUGAAACAAAUCACCAUCAAUACUAAAAAAAGCAUUUCUGAACUGAUGAAUUGUGUACAUUCAUACUGUAAUGUAGAUCAGACUCCAUGGAGGAUCACUUAGUGGAAUCAGAUACCCUGAUCAGCCAGUGGUGGCAGUGUCUGCCCCUUCAUGAAUUCUGACUCCACCCCUGUCAUGUAGAGGAGCGCUGAGAGACGCAGGUCCACAUUUAACAAGUUCUUCACAGCAAGGGUCCGGAUGUUUUAUUUGUGCCUCAUACAACCUACUGUGUGCUACGGUUGUAACAGCAGCAGGUACCUGAUGCUGGAUCUCUCUCUCUCUCUCUCCUCUUUUUUUUUUUUUUUGGAAUAAGACUGCUGACAGACACUGGCCCAUAUUUUGUCUUACAUUUAUCUUUAUUUCAGAUCAGGUCUUUUUUUGGUUUUUUUUUCACAUAGUAAUCACAGUUAUAUGGGCCUUGGGGAUUUGGCCCGAUACGAAGCAUUUUAUGCUUUUGAUUGCUGUUAUAAGAUUAUAGGAUUAUCUUUCUUUCAGGGUGCGAAAACAUGUCUUUGAUUAUUAUCCUUAAAAUAAGAGGAUUUGAGGAUUCCAGACCUGAUUCACCACCAGUACUACUGCUCUGGGCCUCUUAAUUAACAUGCCUCUCUAAUUUUGCUUCUUCUUCCUGGAGAGAGCAGACCUGUUUUUUGUGUCCAUUUUGAUUAUAACAGCACACACAUGCCCAUGUACAUGAUAUAUGGUCAUGUACGCUUGAUUGCAUUAAUAGUAAGUCCGUAUCUUUGUCAGCUGCCCGUAAGUACCAAGCAGGUAACAGCACCAUGAGUCAAAUUGCACUUGACUUGCAUCGUCCAAAAAUGAUUCGGAGUUUUGCAAGAAACUCUAGAUCUUUCACUUGAAGUUUUCAGCCACAUGUUUUCAACUGAUGGAGCCACUCAACCUGCAGGAGAAAAGAGGAACAGGGGCCUGUCUAUUUCAGGCUGUGUAAUUUAUAUGGUGUCAGUGGUGUUUAGAGGACUCGUUGUGGUUGGACACUGUCUCUCAGCAUGGAACAGGAGGAUAACACUUUUUAAAACCUCAGCACCUCCAGGUAGUUUUGACUGUACAGUGUCUGACUGAAAACAAUAAUUAAAAAAACCUUGUACAUCA